AUGGCGGACCCUCAAGCACAGGUCGCCGCCGCGAAAGCGCAAGGCAUGCCCAACCAGCCUCCUCCAAAUUUUUGGGACCCCAUCUCGUACGAGCACGAGGAGCCGACCGACGAGUGCCGGCGCAGGGUCGGGUGCGACAUUAGGGAGAUCGAGUUCUAUCGUGUUCCCGGAGUGUUCAUCUCCGCCGAGGAAAACGACAUCACCAAGAUCCACGCGCUUAUCUUGGGACCUCCCGGCACACCGUACGAAGGUGGCUUCUUCCACUUCCUGAUGAAGUGUCCACCUGACUACCCCAACAGUCCUCCGCGAGUUCGCCUGAUGACCACCGGGGCCGGGCGCGUGCGGUUCGGACCGAGCUUCUGCGAAAACGGCAAGGUCUGUCUAGGGCUGCUGGGUACCUCGUCAGCUGGGCCGACGUGGAGUUCAGGUCAGUGCCUCGGAAGCGUCCUGCUUUCCAUCAAGUCGCUGCUGACAACCGAGAACCCCGUCGCCCAAGGAACCGCGUUGAGAGUCCUGCCGGCGUUGGGAAGGUGGCUGAGCGGCAAGAUCUGCUACAACGCCGUGCUGCAGCACGAGACCAUCAGGGUCGCGGUGUGCGAUGCAGUCGAAGACUGUCUGCGCGGAACGUCGGCGUGCCCGCCGCCCUUGAGGGACGUGAUCCUUAAGCACUUCCCGCAGUUCUACGGCGAGUACGAAAAGGCGGUCAAGAACCGGCUGCACCUGACCGGUUCCCACAUGAACGACUCCAACGAAGGAGGUGUUCCCACGUACCAGUUUGACACACUCCUUGAACGACUGGUGGAGCUACGCGAGAGGGUCAAAGUGGCGAACGGAGCGGCCGCCGGAAAAGCAAGCAAGUGA